GGGUUGCAGCAGAUAAACGCCACCACUUUCCUUACCUUGUCUCCGAACAACGCAAGCAGCUCUUUGACGCGGCCGGAGAGCACUCUUCGUCUCUCUCUCUUUCUUUCUCCUUGUCUGCAAUAAUGGGCGCCUCGCUCCCUCCCAAAGAGGCCAACCUCUUCAAGCUCAUCGUCAAAUCAUAUGAAACUAAACAGUAUAAGAAGGGUCUGAAGGCAGCAGAUGCCAUAUUGAAGAAGUUUCCAGACCAUGGAGAGACCUUAUCAAUGAAGGGGUUAACAUUGAAUUGCUUGGACCGUAAAUCUGAAGCAUAUGAACUUGUCCGGAUGGGACUGAAGCAUGAUCUCAAAAGUCAUGUUUGCUGGCAUGUCUAUGGUCUGCUUUAUCGAUCUGACAGAGAGUACAGGGAGGCAAUUAAAUGCUAUAGAAAUGCACUGAAGAGAGAUCCAGACAAUAUUGAAAUACUACGAGACCUGUCCCUCUUACAGGCUCAAAUGCGGGAUUUGACAGGAUUUGUUGAGACAAGACAGCAACUCCUGACCUUGAAACCAAAUCAUCGCAUGAAUUGGAUUGGCUUUGCAGUUUCCCAUCAUUUAAACUCAAAUGCCUUAAAAGCUGUGGAAAUUCUGGAAGCAUAUGAAGGAACACUAGAAGAUGAUCAUCCUCCGGAUAAUGAACGUUGUGAACAUGGGGAAAUGCUUUUAUAUAAGGUUUCAUUGCUAGAGGAAAGCAGCUCAAUGGAAAGAGCUCUCGAGGAAUUGCACAAGAAAGAGUUGAAAAUAGUCGAUAAAUUGGACUAUAAAGAACAAGAGGUUUCUCUUCUUGUGAAGCUUGGUCGGCUAGAAGAAGGUGCUGAAUUGUAUAGGGUAUUGCUUUCCAUGAAUCCUGACAAUUACAGAUAUUAUCAAGGCCUGCAAAAAUGCCUUGGCCUAUAUGCAGAAAAUUCCCAGUAUUCACCUGAUGAAAUAGAAAGGUUAGAUGACUUGUACAAAUCACUUAGGCAGAAAUACAGCUGGUCUUCUGCUGUUAAGAGGAUCCCACUUGAUUUUCUACAAGGUGAAAAAUUCCGAGAAGCAGCAGAUAAUUAUAUCAGGCCUCUCCUUACUAAGGGAGUUCCUUCCUUAUUCUCUGAUCUUUCUCCUCUGUAUGAUCACCCUGGAAAGGCAGACAUUCUUGAACAAAUUAUCCUUGAGUUGGAGUAUUCAGUUCGUGUGACUGGUGCAUAUCCUGGGAGGGUAGAGAAGGAGCCUCCUUCGACACUUCUGUGGGCCUUAUUUCUGUUGGCUCAGCAUUACGAUAGACGAGGACAGUAUGACAUGGCUCUAUCUAAAAUUGAUGAGGCCAUGGAGCACACUCCAACUGUGAUUGAUUUAUACUCUGCCAAGAGUCGGUUUUUGAAGCAUGCUGGGGAUUUGGCUGCUGCUGCUGCAUUGGCAGAUGAAGCUAGAUGUAUGGAUCUUGCAGAUCGCUAUAUAAACAGUGAAUGUGUUAAGCGCAUGCUGCAGGCUGAUCAGGUUCCUUUGGCAGAGAAAACUGCUGUAUUAUUCACAAAAGACGGUGAUCAGCACAACAACCUUCAUGAUAUGCAGUGCAUGUGGUAUGAGCUUGCUUCUGGUGAGAGUUAUUUCCGGCAAGGUGAUCUUGGACGUGCUCUGAAAAAAUUCUUAGGUGUGGAGAAACACUAUGCUGAUAUUACAGAAGACCAGUUUGAUUUUCAUUCUUAUUGCUUAAGGAAAAUGACUCUGCGUGCCUAUGUGGAAAUGCUCAAAUUCCAAGAUCGGUUGCAUUCACAUGCAUAUUUUCACAAAGCAGCAGCUGGUGCAAUCAGAUGCUAUUUAAAGUUAUAUGAUUCUCCUAUAAAAUCAACAUCUGAAGAAGAUGAUGAUAUGUCAAAGUUGCUGCCUUCUCAGAAAAAGAAACUGAGGCAAAAACAGAGGAAGGCAGAAGCACGAGCUAAGAAAGAGGCGGAGGGUAAAAAUGAAGAAUCUAAUGUUACUGGUGUAUCCAAGUCUGGGAAACGACCUGUAAAGCCUGUAGAUCCAGAUCCUCAUGGAGAGAAGUUGUUGCAGGUUGAGGAUCCCAUGUCAGAAUCUACAAAGUACUUGAAGCUGCUUCAAAAGAAUUCACCCGAGUCGUUGGAGACACACUUGCUUUCUUUUGAAGUAAAUAUGAGAAAACAGAAGAUUUUGCUAGCCUUUCAGGCUCUGAAGCAGCUCUUGAGAUUGAAUGCGGAACACCCUGAUUCGCAUCGCUCCUUGAUUAAAUUCUUCCAUAAAGUCGAUUCGAUGCCUGCUCCGACGACUGAUACCGAGACACUGAUUUGGAGCGUAUUGGGAGCAGAGCGCCCGCUUAUCAGUCAAUUGCAGGGGAACUCAUUGGUGGAGGCAAAUAUGAAUUUCUUAAAAAAUCAUCAAGAUUCCUUGAUGCAUAGAGCUGCAGUUGCUGAAGUUCUAUAUCUUUUGGAACCUGGCAGGAAAUCUGAGGCUAUUGCAUUAAUUGAAGAUUCGAACAACAAUACGGUUCCCAAUACCAAUGGAGCCCUUGGACCAGUCAGAGAGUGGAAACUCAAGGAUUGUGUUACUGUCGACAAGCUCCUUAAGACAUACCUUGUUGAUGAUGCUGCUGCUUCGAGAUGGAAAAAGCGAUGCGCUGAGUACUUCCCUUACUCAACUUACUUUGAAGGCAGUCGCAGUUCUGCUGUACCUGGUUCAGCUUACAACCAGAACGGUAGUGCAAACCAUGCAGACCAUGAACAUAAUGCAGGUUCUAUUGCAGUAAAUGGAAAUAUGGAGGCAUUUAAAGACCUCAAUAUCCAAUCAUGAAGUUGAAUAGAAAUAUUAACUAAAGGAAAAUGCAAAUUCACCAUGUGUUGAUUGGCGAAUCACGAAACCAAGCUGCAGAGUCAGAAACAUAUGCCCAAGAGCAGAGUACUGGGGUUUUGUGCGGAGUUUGAUAGUAUGAUUGCAAGAAGUCGAUAUGUCCCAAUUUUUAAUCUGGAAAUGUGUAUAAUCUACUUUUGUUGUGCUUCUAGAAUAUAUAUAUUUUUUUAAAUUUAUUUUUUAAGUUUGGUCACAUUUUUGUAUUGAUCUUUAGAUGAGGCUGCUUCUUGGGUUGUCUGCCCCCAAAUUUGAGUUUAAUAUUUGAGCGAGGAGCUACAGAAUUUCAGUUUAGUAACUGUUUUAGAUCAGAAUAGAUACCCGGAGUUGUUGUACCUCUUCCAUUUUCAUUGACUUCAAUUAUGUAUAAACACCAAGUUAUU